AUGGCUGAGCAGCUAACCGAGGAGCAGAUCGCCGAGUUCAAGGAGGCUUUUUGCCUCUUUGACAAAGAUGGCGAUGGUUGCAUCACUACCAAAGAGUUGGGGACUGUGAUGAGAUCUCUGGGACAAAAUCCCACUGAGGCUGAAUUGCAGGACAUGAUCAACGAAGUUGAUGCUGACCAGAAUGGCACAAUUGAUUUCUCUGAGUUUCUGAAUUUGAUGGCAAGGAAGAUGAAGGAUACUGAUUCUGAGGAGGAACUCAGAGAAGCUUUCAAGGUCUUUGAUAAGGACCAGAAUGGCUUUAUUUCUGCUGCUGAGCUUCGACAUGUAAUGGCAAAUCUUGGGGAGAAACUGACAGAUGAAGAAGUGGAUGAAAUGAUUCGUGAAGCAGAUGAAGAUGGCGAUGGGCAGGUGAACUAUGAGGAGUUUGUGAGAAUGAUGCUUAACAAGUGA